GUGACAGCUGCUGCAACCCGCUCAGCCUGGGCUUCUUGAAGAAGACCAUCGAGGAGGAGAUCCCUGGGAUCUACGUGAUCUCCCUGAUGAUCGGGAAGAACGUGGUGGAGGACACGGAGAGCGGGUUCUUCCUGGAUGUGAACACGCAGGUGUCCAUGGUGUGCCGUCAGCUGGCCCAGGACCCGGAGCUGCAGGGGGGGUACAACGCCAUGGGCCUGUCACAGGGGGCCCAGUUCCUGAGGGCUGUGGCUCAGCGCUGUCCCUCUCCUCCAAUGAGGACGCUGAUCUCAGUCGGAGGACAGCACCAAGGUGUGUACGGUCUGCCCAGGUGUCCUGGGGAGCACUCCUACAUCUGCAACAUGAUCCGUGAGGCUCUGAACAGAGGGGCGUACAGCGACCUGGUGCAGAAACACCUCGUGCAGGCCCAGUACUGGCACGACCCGCUGAACGACGACCUAUACAGGAAGUACAGCCUGUUUCUGGCCGACAUCAACCAGGAGCGGUUUGUAAACGAGACCUACAAGAAGAACCUGCAGCAGCUGAAGAAGUUUGUGAUGGUGAAGUUCCUGCAGGACACCGUGGUGGACCCGGUUGAUUCUGAGUGGUUCGGCUUCCUGAAGACGGGUCAGGCCAAAGAGACGGAGACUCUGCAGGACAGCGUCCUCUACAAGGAGGACCGUCUGGGUCUCGCCGCCAUGGACGAAGCAGGGAAGCUGGUCUUCCUGUCCUCUGACGGAGACCACCUGCAGUUCUCGGAGGGCUGGUUCCAGCAGAACCUGCUGCCCCUCCUGAAGUAGGACCAGAAGCUCCGCACCGACUGUAGCACGGUGGUCUCCAUUCUUCCUGCUGUUCCAACAGAACGUUCUGAGCCGGUUCUGAUCGGGUCCAGCUGUUUGGGUUCAUGGUUUUAA